AUAAAACCUUUACUAUCCAACUUAAUACCCCCACUCAUAUAUAUAAUCCCAAUCUUAAUUGCUGUUGCCUUCUUUACCCUAUUAGAACGAAAAGUACUCGGAUACAUACAACUUCGAAAAGGACCCAACAUCGUAGGCCCAUAUGGACUAUUACAGCCAGUAGCAGACGGUGUAAAACUCUUCAUCAAAGAACCAAUUUAUCCACUAAAUUCAUCCACCACACUAUUUAUAAUAUCACCAAUCCUAGCCCUAUUAUUAGCUUUAUCAAUUUGACUCCCACUACCCCUACCUUUCCCACUCGCUGACCUAAAUCUAGGCCUCCUAUUCCUAAUCUCCUUAUCUAGCUUCAUAGUUUACUCUAUCCUAUGAUCUGGUUGGGCUUCAAAUUCUAAAUACGCCUUAAUAGGUGCCCUACGAGCAGUAGCUCAGACCAUCUCAUAUGAAGUAACCCUGGGAAUUAUCCUACUCUCAUUAACUUUAUUCUCAGGCGGAUUUAACAUACAAACAUUCAUAAUUACACAAGAACCAAUAUACUUAAUAUUUUCAUCCUGACCGCUGAUAAUAAUAUGAUACAUCUCCACACUAGCAGAAACAAAUCGGGCACCAUUCGACCUAACCGAAGGAGAAUCCGAACUGGUAUCCGGAUUUAACGUUGAAUACUCCGCCGGACCUUUUGCCCUAUUCUUCCUAGCAGAGUAUGCCAACAUCCUAAUAAUAAACACCCUCACAACCAUUCUAUUCCUUAACCCAGCCUACAUAAGCAACACCCCAGAACUAUUCUCUCUAUCACUAGUAUCAAAAGUAAUACUACUCUCAGCAGGAUUCCUAUGAAUCCGAGCUUCUUAUCCACGAUUCCGAUAUGAUCAACUUAUACACCUACUAUGAAAAAACUUCCUUCCCAUUACCCUAGCAUUAUGUCUUUGACACAUAUCAAUACCAAUCACCUCCUCUGGACUACCUCCAAUACUAUA